AAAUGCGUUCAGUUGACCGAAAGCAUACGGAAAGGUAGUUACUCCUUGACUUGACGCUUACAGUACGCCAUUACGUGACAAACUACCACACAAAUAAUAUAACACAUACAAAACCUCUGGGACAUUGGGAUGUCCCUGCUGUGAGACUUUUAGGGAUUUACCAUUGGUUCGCCGCCAAACAAGCAAAUAUCCUCCCAGUGCAAAUAUGCCGGUCCUUAAGAACCUCCCGGCUCGGCUGAAGAGUGGCAGGUUUAGUGUGGACUUGGAGACUACGCGCAGGGAAUUUAUUCUCCGAAAAAUGAGUCUUAACCACAACCCGUUUGAGGAGCCUGGAUCAGAUGAGGACUGGCCAAGGAGCAAUGGGGGCUCACUCCUGGAUGGUGUCGUGCCCCGGGACAGGAACCCGUUUGAGGAUGAGGAAGAUGAGAAUGAGGCCAAUGAGGUGCGGCGUGGAGGUUCAGGGAAAGGGGGCUCAAUUAAAGGCACGCUGGAACGCAUGAAGGGGGUAUCACCGCUCAAAACCCUCGGCAAACUGAGCAAGAACUUACGCAUGUCAGCCAGAAGCAAAUGGAAGGAGACCUCAUCGCCAGAGGGUUCUAUAGGUUCAGCUUCACCUAUGACUAGGAAGAAGAAGGGGAGACGGAGUUCAGAGGGGAGCCUGCUACGGAUUGCUGGGAAAUGUAAAGAUCGCAAGGAAACCUUGACCAAUGGAGACCAGUGUUCAGAAAUUGAUGCUGACUCGACCAGUCGUCGACUCUCCUUCCUAAAGAUGGUGGGCAAGGGCAAAAUGAAGAGGGAAUCCAUGCAGGACCACUCAUCAUCACAGGGGCCUGAGGAGGAGACGGUGGAGGAGGUGCCAGAGGUCAAACCCAGGGAACCACUUUCAGUACUGGAAAUCCUACAGUUGGUGACAAAACGGGAUUUGUUUCUGGCUGACACACACAUCCUGGAGCUGGAGCAGGAGUGCAGGGAGGCCGAAUCUCCACCAGCAGGGGGCACCGAGGAGCUCAUCAGCCCCAGCAGCAAAGACAGCAGUCGGCGCAAAGCCAAAGAUGUGGAGCUGCUCUAUGAAGCCCUGCAAAAAGAAUUGUGGGACGUGGUGAGGGACUCUCUGCGUUCCCCCACGGCUGGACCCAACCUGGGUCUGGUGGUCCAGGUUCUCCAGCAGGAAGAGCAGGCCGACCGGGACUGGGCUCAGAGCGAGGGGGCCGUUCCCGGAGGCCCUCGGCCGAGAGAGUUCAAAAAACGCUGGAGGGAGGCUGUAGGGGAGCUGGCUGCUGGAAACUUACCCCAACAUGGAGAAGCAAAGGCGGGCAAGUUGGCGGCCUACCUGGAUAUGCUGAGGGUCCGUAUGGUGGAAGAUCUGGGAGCGGCUCGGCGUAACGCGGUUUCUGUGUAUCCAGCGGAAUAUGACUCCUUCCAAGUGUACACGCAGAGCUACCACCAGGCUGUUGCUCGACGUCUACAGUCGAUCACUGAUGGAGAUCUGCAGAUCAUCGACAUCUACUCAUUGCUAGACUGGCUCUACAACAUCUAUAAUAGAGAUGUCCUUGGAACGGUCACCAUAACAACGCCCAUUAACCUCUCCCAGCUCGGCUCGCUGCUGCCGGCGGAGACCGUGGACAAACUGGAGCUUGACUGCCUGAACUCUGUCAGAGGUAAGGUGACCAAUGAGCUGUCUCAGAUUCUGGAAGAGGAGGAAAAGAAAUGGCUGGACAAUCUGAACGUUGAAGAGUAUCAGAUACCUCUAGCUCGCACUGUUAUUCAGAGGCUACAAGAGGACCUUGAGAGAUCUGCAGCUAUAAACCGACAGUUGGGAUCACGGGUGGCUCAGUGCAGUCUCAAUGGCCUGGCAGAUUUCUUAUACAGUUUUCAGAGAAAGGUGGAGAUGUUCCAUGAGGGGCUGGUUAAUGGGUUUGGAGAAAACGAAGAUGGUUACAUCGCUAAAACCAUCGCUCUUGUAAACUGCAGUCCUCCAUUCAGGAGCUUUGUGGAGCGUUGUGGGCAGUGCGACCCCACAACCAGUGAGGACUCCAUACGUCGAGCCAACACAAGUCUGGACAGGAUAGUCAACUUGAGUGUGAGAGUGCUGAACGACCGACUUUUCGAACAUAUCAGGCCUUUCUUUGAUAAGCUGAUCAAAAGAAAAUGGUUGAGUAACACUGAGCCAUUUGACCAAAUCGAGGCUUUGAUUAAAGAACACUUCAAGAAGUUUCGAAGGAUGGACAACCCGCCGUAUGAGGUUCUGGCAGGGGAGGUAUAUCGGCGUGUUAUGACCGAGUAUCUCCGAGCUAUCAUGAGAGGCAGAAUCAUCUGCACGUCACUCAAAAUGAGGAAGAAGAUGGCUGGCCGUCUCAGAGACGAGGGAAAGUGCCUUAAAACUCUCUUUAAAGAGCUGGAAUCCUCUGCUUCAUGGCUUGACAGCGCUAUUCCUCACCUAUCUGAGAUAAUACUCUUGGAAGACACUCCCUCAAUUCAAAUGGAAGUUGGUGUCCUGGUACGGGAAUUCCCAGACAUACGGAGGAAGCAUGUUUCUGCCAUACUGAACAUCCGAGGGAUGACCCGACAAACGGAAAGGCAAGAGAUCUUGAACAUAGUGAAAGACAUCGAAAAUACCGACGGCCUCGUGCGAGUGUCCCGCGACAGGGCUCUGUUCGCCGAAGUGCCCGUGACAUCAGAAGUACACUGUCUGAACGUGGGCCUGAGCCGCAUCGCCCUCACCGCUUCAUCGCUCUUCUCCAGCAUGAGGUUUCGUCGCAGGAGGACUCCAACCAGGGAGAAUCAGGAUGACAUGCUGUGAGCCUUCUCAAAGGCUUUUGGAGAUUCUGAAGAGCACUGGAGCAAACGACACUGACUUUGUCAGUAGUUUUAUUGCUGAGUCGUGACAUGAGAAGUUUUUGAGAUGCUUGUGCAUUGCAGGAUCUCUGAACUUAGAAUGUGACAGUCCUACAGCUGUGGGAUUUAUACAUUUUAUCUGGAAUGUUUUAUUAUCUGAAUAUAUAGUGCAAGUGCCAUUGAAUUCCAACUGAGCACACAAAGCAGAAGUGAUAUUAAGCAACCAUCUCUAAGAAAUAUAUUUUCGGUUCGUGAAUUGCAGAGGACACAAGAGUCUGUAUUGUAAAAUCAUAACUACUGAUUGAAACACUACUCUGUUUUGAGUAAAAGUUGUUUUUUGUUCUCUUAAUCAUAUCAUUCCUGAUCUUGGCUUUUAGAUGCACAUGACUGAAGUCUUAUUUUAAGGUACUAUGAAAUUGCAGUUAUCUUUAAUCUUUUGAUUAUUUUAGCAUAUUUAAUUCAUGAUUAAGUCAUCUUGUCAUAAGAGAUUAAUGUAUUUUCUUAGAGAUUAUUUAGACUAACUUGUGAAAGAAAUUAAGAGCGAGUAUUGAGUAUUUAUAUAUCACAAGACUUAUUUAUUGCACAAAUAAUUUCAUUCAGCUGUAAUAAACGAUAAAAACAACAAUGGUAGGCAACCAACACAACAACUACAGCCACAAAUAUCUGUUUCUAAAUAUAUAAUUUUAGAAAAACAUGGUCAAUGUAGUAAAUGAAUUAAUUUGGGGUUUGUUUACCUCGAGGAAAUCUACCUAUUCAAACGAUGUUUAUGGAUUCUGCAUUUAUUGUGCCACCGAGAUCUACAAAUAGUCUUUCAUCUAGUUUGUCAGCUCAGCAUGUGUUGGAUAAGUCUGUAUAUGUUGUUGUGUGACCAGCAUCGAGAAAAAUAAGAAUCUCAUGAACAUUUCAACUAGGGUACUCUCAAUGUACAUAUGAAAGACGUAAAUGAAUGUUGACAUAAACUGAUAUUUAGUUUAUAGGAAAAUAUUUUACAGUGUACAUACAUGAAAUCUCAGUUCAAUAAAUGACAGAGGAUCAGCUCUUUA